AUGUAUCACCUCGCCAAGGGUCUCUAUCGGCUGGCCACCAGCAAGGAGGAAUACUCUGUCAUCCUGCUCGGCCUCGACAAUGCCGGAAAGACCACCUUUCACGAGCAGACCAAGUCGCUGUUCAUGCCCGAGCACCCGGACCCGAAACUCAAGACGGUCCCGACCGUUGGCCAAAACGUUAGCACCCUGACGCUGCCCGACAUGUAUCUCAAGAUCUGGGACGUCGGCGGUCAGUUGUCGCUCCGGAAGCUGUGGCAGAGCUACUACGCCAGCUGUCACGCCAUCAUCUUCAUCAUCGACAGUACCGACAUUGGUGACGGCCUGCUGCCGUUCGGCUCCGCUCCUGACAACGCUGAGGGUGGUUCCGGGGUCGGCAAGGAGACGCUUGGGCGGUUAGACGAAUGCCGACUCGUCCUUGAGGAUGUGCUGCAGCACACAGACGCCGAUGGCGUGCCGCUGUUGAUAUUGGCAAACAAGCAGGACCGUGAGGACUGCGUAGAAGUCGUGCGGAUCAAGGAGGGUCUGGUCAAGAAGGUUUUUGAGGGCGAGAAGUCGUCAGGCGUUCGGGAUUCCCGGGUUUUGCCCGUGAGUGCGCUGACGGGGACAGGUGUCAGUGAGGCUAUCGAUUGGGUCAGAAGCCGCGUCAAAUGGAACAAGGAGUCAAGACCACCUGUCAUGCGGUAG